AAAGUUGAAAAACAAAUAAGUUUCAUAGAGUUAAUUAUUUUUCCCUGCAAUACAAAGACAGUAUUAUUUUUUGAGAAUACAAAGACAAUAAUUGAAGUCCUUGCGUUUGCAUUAUUUUUUUUAUAAUAAAAUACAAAAUUCAGCUACUUCAAGGUUCUUCUUUCAACACAAACAGAUCUGUGUUACUCUUUGUUGUGCAUUUUAUCUAUCUUCUUAGCGUUGACUUCAAUUCUUGCAAUCGAAUUAAUGGAUUCUUCUUCUUCUUCUCCGUUUUCUUCUCCUCCGUCAUCUCCGACUUCUUCUUUUUCUUCUCGGGCUUCUUUUUCUUCUCGGGCUUCUUUUUCUUCAUCCUCCGAUUCUCAAUGGGCGCACGACGUGUUCAUCAAUUUUACUCCAAAAGACGAUAGCAAAGUUUUCGUUUCUAAUCUCCAUACUGCCCUCGGAGAUGCCGGAAUCGAACCUUACACAGACUAUCAGUUUGACAAGGGACCCGAGUUGGGUUCAGAAUUAUUGGAAGCAAUAGAAUACGCUCAUAUAUCCAUCAUUGUUUUCUCACAAAACUACACUGAAUCUAGUUCGUGUCUUAACGAGCUUGAAAAAAUUAUGGAAUGCCACAGUACUCAUGGGAACGUGGUUAUACCCGUGUUUUGCGGCGUCGAUCCAUCUAAGGUGCGUCAUCAAAACGGUGCUUUUGGAAAAAAAUUGCACGCAACUGCCAAAGAAAGUUACUUAGAUAGAGAAUUGAGGGAAAAUAUGGUGUUCAGUUGGAAGAAUGCACUCAAUCAAGCUGCUAAUUUGCCUGGUUGGGAUGCCACCUAUUACAGGAAUGACGCCGAACUAAUUCCUCAAAUUGUGAAGGAAGUUUUGGGAAAGCUAAAUAGCAGAUUAUUGCCUAUUACCGAAUUUCAAGUUGGAUUGGAUGCCAAUGAACAACGAGUGAUUCACUUUAUUGAAAAUCAAGCAAGCAAAGUUUCCUUGAUAGGGAUCUGUGGUAUGGGUGGAUCGGGUAAAACAACCACAGCCAAAGCCAUCUACAACCAAAUUCAUAGGAAUUUUUUGAAUACAAGUUUCAUUGAAAAUGUUGCAGAAGUUUGUGAAAGAAAAAAAAAUAAAAAUAGUGGGAUUAUUGAUUUACAACAACAACUUCUUACAGAUGUCCUGGGCACAAAUGUGCGGAUAUCUAGCAUUGAAUAUGGGAAAAACAUGAUCAGACAAAGAUUUUCGGAGAAAAAGAUACUCGUUGUACUUGAUGAUGUAACAACAUUUGAACAAUUAAAGGCACUAUGUGGAAAUCCUAAAAUGUUUGCUCCAGGAAGUGUAUUAAUUGUUACAACCAGAGAUGAACACCUGCUUAAGCUAGUUAAAGUUGACUGUAUCUUUACAAUCAGGGAAAUGGACGAAAACGAGUCCCUUGAGCUAUUCUCUUGGCAUGCUUUUAGAAAAGCAAGUCCUGAAGGAGGAUUUAGUGAACUCUCAAGAACUGUGGCUGCUUAUUGUGGAGGGUUACCACUGGCUCUUGAAGUCCUUGGAUCCUACUUAUUUGAUAGGACAAAACAAGAAUGGACAAGUGUACUAUCGAAGUUAGAGAGAAUUCCCAAUGAUCAAGUGCAAGAGAAGCUGAGAAUAAGCUAUGAUGGUUUAAAGGAUGAUAUGGUAAAGGAUAUAUUUCUUGACAUAUGCUGUUUCUUUAUUGGUAAGGACAGAGCCUAUGUUACAGAGAUACUUAAUGGCUGUGGACUUUAUGCUGAUAUUGGAAUAGCCGUCCUCAUAGAUCGGAGCCUCCUAAAAGUUGAGAAGAAUAACAAGAUUGGAAUGCAUGAUUUAAUAAGAGACAUGGGAAGAGAAAUUGUUCGCGAAAGUUCAGCAAGAGAGCCAGGGAAGCGUAGUAGAUUGUGGUUUCACGACGAUGUACAUGAUGUUUUGACAAAAAAUACUGGAACAGAAACUGUCGAGGCACUGAUUUUGAACAUGCAAAGAACAGGCAGAGUUAGCUUUAGUACUAAUGUUUUCCAAGACAUGAAGAAACUGAGACUUUUACAACUUGAUUGUGUUGACCUCACUGGAGAUUUUGGGUAUCUUUCCAAACAACUGAGAUGGGUCAAAUGGCAACGCCCUACUUUCAACUAUGUACCCAAUGACUUUGAUCAGGAAAAUCUCGUUGCUUUUGAAUUAAAACAUAGCAAUGUUAAACAAGUUUGGAAGGAACCCAAGUUGUUGCAGAAGCUAAAAAUUCUCAAUCUCAGUCAUUCCAGGUACUUGAAAAGCACCCCUGACUUUUCAAAAUUACCAAAUCUAGAAAAACUCAUUAUGAAGGAUUGUCCAAGUUUGUCUGAGGUACACUCGUCCAUUGGAGAUCUCAAUAAUCUUCUUCUCAUAAAUUUGAAGGACUGUUCAAGUCUUGUCAAUCUCCCAAAAAAGAUUUAUCAAUUGAGAUCAGUGAAAACUCUCAUCAUUUCUGGUUGUUCAAAGAUUGUCAAAUUAGAAGAAGAUAUAGGGCAAAUGAUAUCCUUGACAACUCUAAUUGCAGCAAAUACUGGUGUCAAACAAGUGCCCUUUUCGAUAGCUAGAUCAAAAAGCAUUGCAUAUAUAUCCUUAUGUGGAUAUGAAGGAUUAUCACAUGAUGUUUUUCCUUCUAUCAUUUGGUCUUGGAUGUCACCAACAAUGAAUCCGUUAGGACAUAUUCCCCAAUUUGGUGGCAUUUCAACGUCUCUUGUUUCCAUGGAUGUAGAUAGUAAUAAUUUGGGUUUGAUCUAUCCAUCACCAAUACUUAGCAGCGGUUCGCAACUUAGAUGUGUUUGGGUACAGUGUCACUCAGAGAUUCAUCUGAAACAAGAAUUGAGAAGAUUUCUUAAUGAUCUUACUCAGUUGGAAAUAUCACAUGCAUCACAAAUAUCGGAUCUUUCCUUGAAGUCUAUUUUGAUUGGAAUGGGAAGUUGCCACAUAGUCAACGAGGCUCUUAGCAAGAGCUUAUCGCAGGGACUGGCAACCAAUGAUUCAAUUGCUUCUUUCCUUCCGGGUAACAAUUAUCCUUCUUGGUUAACCUAUACAAGUGAAGGACCAUCAGUAUAUUUUCAAGUUCCUGAGGAUAGUGAUUGUGGAAUGAAGGGAAUAACUUUAUGUGUUAUUUAUUCAUCAACACUCGAAAACACGGCAACUGAAUGUCUCGUUAGUGUUUUGAUCAUUAACUACACAAAAUUCACUAUUCAGAUAUACAAGAGAGACACCGUAAUCUCCUUUAAUGAUAAAGAUUGGGAGUGUGUAGUAUCAAAUUUAGCAGUUGGUGACAAUGUAGAGAUUUUUGUAGCUUUUGGGCAUGGAUUGACUGUUAAGGAGACGGCUGUGUAUCUAAUAUAUGGUCAGUCGACUACGGUGGAAGCGCAGCCAUCACCUGAUGUGAAAAUGGAGUCACCACUUACUAUCAACAUAAGGAUGACCGAGCAAAUUCCAUAUGCUGUUGCUGAAAGCCUCUUUAACAGGUUGGCUUCUGCAACCUUUCUUGAAUAUGGACGGAUUUAUGGUGUUAUGGAUGAGUUGGAAAGGCUUAAGAACUCUGUUGAAUGCAUAAGAGUUGUGCUCCUUGAUGCCCAGGAGAAACAGGAACAAAAUUGGAUAAGAAGGCUCGAAGAUGUGCUUCAUCGUGCAGAUGACUUGCUAGAUGAAUUUAUUAUUGAAGAUAUAAGAUACAAAGGGGAUGCAGGUGAUAAGAAAAAAAUGACACAUGUAUUUCGUCCGUUAUCUUCAAACCAUCUUCGCCAAACAAUGGUUCCUAAAAUUAAAAAAAUACAAAAAAAGUUUGAUGAUGUGGUGGAAGAAAUAGCUAAGUUGAAUUUAAUCCCAACAGCUGUGGUGGUUAAGCAAACUGACAGUUUAAGGAGCAAAUCUAUUUCUUUUUUGUUAGAAUCAGAUAUCACCGGAAGAGAAGAUGAUAAAAAGGAGAUUAUAAAUCUCUUGAGGCAACCACAUGGAAAUAUCUCAUCAGUUGCUAUUGUGGGUAUUGGGGGUAUUGGCAAGACAACCAUUGCUCGGUUUGUGUAUGAUGAUGUGGAAGUGAAAAAACAUUUUGAAAAGCAAAUGUGGGUAUGUGUAUCUAAUAACUUUGAUGUCAAGACUAUUGUGAAGAAAAUGUUGGAAUCAUUAAUCAAUAGCAAAAUUGAUGAUAAGUUAUCAUUUGAAUACAUACAACAUAAACUCCUUGAAAAUUUAACUGGUGAAAGAUACUUGUUAGUCUUGGAUGACAUUGGCAAUGCUAGUCAUACAAAAUGGACUCAAUUGAGAACUUAUUUGAUGUGUGGUGCUGAAGAUAGUAGGGUUUUAAUGACCACUCGUAGUAAGAUUGUGUCAGAAGCAAGCAACCUCUAUGUUUUGAAUGGUUUGACUCUAGAUGUAUCUUGGAGUUUGUUAAAGAAAAUUACAUUUGGCAAUGAAACCAGUGUUGUGAAUCAAAAACUUGAAUCAAUUGGUACAAAAAUAGCAGAAAAGUGCAUGGGAAUUCCACUAGCAAUUAGAACACUGGGAGGCCUAUUACAGAAUAAUAGUGAAGAAAGGGAAUGGAUCAAUGUCCUACAUGGUGACUUUUGGGAAUCAUGUGAAGACAAAGAAAGCAUCAUGUCGAUCUUGAUAUUCAGUUACCAAAGUUUGUCACUUCAGUUGAGACAAUGUUUUGCUUAUUGCUCUUUAUUUCCUAAAGAUUGGGAAAUCCAGAAGGAUAUGUUGAUUCAACUUUGCAUGGCACAGGGUUAUCUCGAAUGCUCAGAUGGAAAACAACUCAUGGAAGAUGUCGGUAACGAAUUUGUGAAGAUUUUCUUGAUGAAGUCAUUUUUCCAAGAUGCAAAAGUGGGUGAAGAUGGUGAUAUAGUUAGUUUCAAAAUGCAUGAUCUUGCAACGCAAGUAGCUGGCAAUGAUUGUUGUUACAUGGACAGUGAGGCGAAAAGAUGUGAACAAAGACCCAUGCAUGUAUCGUUGGAACCCAAUGCACUUCAUUUGUUGGACUCAUUAGAUGCAAGCAGAUUGCGAACUUUGAUUUUGUUGUCUUCCAAUGAGGAGGAGGAAUUGAACGGGGAUGAAUUGUCAAUUAUUUCAACAUUCAAACACUUGCGUGUCUUGAAGCUGUCAUGUUGUUCUUUAAGCAAGUUGUCUAGUUCAAUUGGAAAAUUGAAACAUUUAAGAUAUCUUAACUUAUCGCACUGUAGAGGACUGAAACGUCUUUACAAAUCCUUUAGCAGACUUGUCUUGUUACAAACACUAAUUUUGACACCUAAUGAAAAAGUGAAGUUUUCUACAAAGGUUUUAUCAAAGUUAAUCAAUUUGAGACACCUUCACAUCUCUGAUUGGGAAGCCUCCAAAGACAAGACACCAUUUGGAUUUGUAAAAUUGAGCAUUUGGCAGCAUAAGGGAAUGACUUCUUCAAACUGGAUUUCUUCGCUGACAAAUAUAGUUGAAAUCUCUUUCUUUUUGUGUGAAAGUCUCCAGUGUCUCCCACCGUUGGAGCAUCUCCCAUUCCUUAAGUCACUUGAUAUAAGUUUCCUUGAAGAACUGGAGUACAUAUAUUAUGAACAAGAUUUUUCUUCAGCAUUCUUCCCCUCUUUGGAGAGCCUCUCUUUGCAGUUUUGUUACAAGUUGAAGGGAUGGCGGAGGGUGGGAGAUGAUUUUGAUAAUACUAACUGUUCACAAAAUCUCUCCUUGCCUCCUUUUCCUCGUCUUUCUCAAUUAUCACUCAUAGGAUGUCUAAUGUUGACUUGCAUGCCUACCUUUCCAAAUCUUGAGAACGGAUUGGAAUUGUAUGAUAGCAAGGUGGAAACAUUGGUAGCAACACUAAACACAGUAGCAUCAGAAAUUUUAAAUGACUUUCCUCCUCUUUCCGUGCUCAAAUCCUUGCACAUUGACGGAGUGAGCCUGGAUGUGAAAAGUAUCCCAAAUGUUUGGAUGCAAAAUCUUACUUCUCUCCAGCUUCUUCAAAUUAAUUGGUUUUCAUGUCAAGCAUUUCAGGAAAUCGAAAUUUGGUUUAAGGAUGACCUCAAGUAUCUUCCUUCUCUACAAACAAUUGCCUUUCAUAAUUGUGAAGACCUAGAAGCAUUGCCAGAUUGGAUAUGCAACCUCUCAUCCCUUCAGCAUCUUAGGGUGCAUGAUUGCAUAAAGUUGGCAUCACUGCCUGAAGGAAUGCCCUGUCUAACCAACUUACAGACCCUAGAAAUCAUUGGAUGUCCCCUCUUAGUUGAAAAAUGUGAGACACAAACAGGUGAAACUUGGCCCAAAAUUGGUCAUGUCCCAAAGAUAAUCUUAUCAUCUCUUCAUUAAAAAGCAUAAGGAGGAGACACUUUCUCUUCUUUUAUCAGAACAAAGCAGUACAUCAGAGCUUUCCACGUGAUUCUUUAUGUAAGCUUUCUAUUGCACUACAACUUCAAAAUGAUUUUUUUUUUCUCGUAUUCACGAAAGAUGUAUAUAUAAAAGUUAUAUUCAGAGAAAGUGUUGUGGAUUACUAUUCUACUAUUCUCUGCUUUGCAAACUCAUAGCAGAGGAAAUUCAAGAUUAGCUGCAACUGUUAGUUACAAAGGAUAACUGAAAGCUCCCAACUAAAUAACUGAAAUUAAAACAAUCUGGUAGCUACCAAUGUUUCCACAUUACUAUCGUACAGUCCAAUCCAUUCGCAAGAUUGGAAAGGCAUGUCAACAUUUGAUCUGAUUAAAAAAAAUCUCGCUGCAUUUCGGUUUUGGAUUACUAAUUAAAAAAAUCUGAUUCAGUCCAAUUAAGUGCAGUUUAAUUUUAAAUCAGUUUUUGAAUAUCUAAAUUACAAAUAGUCCACUGUGCAUGUGUAUAGGCUACAGCCUAUAGCAACAUGGUGGGCAUGUGUACAAGCAGUGGCGGAGCUAGCCAAAAAAAUUUAAGAGAAUUGGUGGAUGUCAUUUGGUAGUUCAGUAACGUUUUGAUUAUAGUUUUUUUCAGUUUAGUAUGUAUUGAUACUGAUACUCUAGUAGGAUUGAUGUGUCUUAGCAAUGUGUGAUAUGAACUUCAUAUGUUGAGGGCAUGCCCGUGUAUUCUCAACCAAUUAGAGAAAGAAAAAAAAAGCAGUGAGCAUCCAUGUUUA